CGCCCUUCCUAACCCUGUGAAUGCCCUACGCUGCUACAAGAGCUGCGUCCCUGCCUUUUCUCCCUCUAUUGAGGAGGACGCCGUUUUUGCAUUGAUGAGGCAGAGCAGAGAGAAGGGAAUGGGGGAGAGUUUCUUAAGGCUGUGCUUUAAAGCCAAGUGAGCAAGAAGGGAAAGGGUGCAGGGAGGCAUGUAACAAACAGCUACCCUCCUUAGGAGAAGCCUCCAAAGAGCAGCUCAGUCUACCUGGCUUUUGACUUGUUUCUUGCCCGAGGUCAAGGCAGAGGUGAGGAUGUGAAAAUGCUGGACACCAUCCAUGCCGCAAUCUUAGAGGGUGGAAAGCAUUUGUUUCUCACACUUCCCAAGCUCACUUCGGAAGAGGUUCUUAGUAUUUGGGGCACUGUUUCUGAAUUUGUUGAAAAGCAACUCUCCAUGAAUAAGGGUGUCUUAAUACCAGGGCUGGGGACAUUCUCCUUCUUAAGACAGAAGCUUGAAAUCGGCAACAACAAGUACAUCCUCAUACAAAGGCCUGUAUUCCUUCUGUCUGAAAAACUUGCACAGAUUCAUGGACUGAAGUCUAACAAAGUACACACUCCUGGUGAUAUCCCAAUUGUUCAGCUGAAUUUCAUUGUAUUAUCCCUGGAGGGCCCCUUUAACAGAGAGACCGUGGAAGGAUGCAUCCGAGAGACCCUCUUAUCCUUCUCGCGGUCCAUCGCCACCAAGCAGACCGUCGAGUUCACUUUCAAAGGGAUCGGCGUUCUUGUUAUCCGAGACAACAAAGUGAAAAUGAAGUUCUUUAAAGAUUUCCUCCAGGCCAUGGAUGGGAGCGGGCAUCUGCUGAAAGCUCUUUCCAAUAGGCCAGGAACAGGAGAUUCUGUGUUGUCGGGCAGAGACAGCACUCCUCCACAAGUCCGCUCCUGCAAUGUGGUCAUGUUUCCAAGGAUUGAGCUGAAGGAAACGGAAACGAUUGCUGAGGAAAAUGAAAAGCCCAGCAAAGAAACGGAGCAGGCAGAAAAGGAAAAUGGCAGAAAAGAAACUCCUCCGAGUAGGCGCCUUCUCUCUCGCCAGGCUAUUUCUCCAGCCAAAGUCACAGGGGUCAGUUUAACCGAAGAACCCGAGAAGAAUGUAAAACCAAAACCGUCUCCUGUAAGGCAAAUGACACCUCCUGUGGAUUCCUCGAAGGCAGAACAGGAAGAGGCCCUCGCUCAAAUGCCUGUCCCCAGAGCCAGGUCUCCAACCUCACUUUGUCAAGAUCAUGGUAGGGCAGGACAGGAAAUGUGUUACGUGUGCAUGCAACGGGCACAGCGGAACAUCCCCAGUUACGUCACCGAGGAGAGGAGGAGGAAAGAGAAGGAAGAGGACAGGAUACUGGCCAAGUAUCUAGUCUUAAAAGAUCAAGAUGCUGUUCAGAAGCAGCAGGUGCGGGCCCUGGCCAACAGAGAACUGAACCAAAAAAUUGCAGCUUUUAAUUUGGGGGUUGCCGAAGCCAUAAGACACCACAAGAUGGAAAAGCCUGUGGAAGCCUACAAAUCCUACAUUUUCACGAAGCGGCCAGCUAGUUCCACCCCUCAUCAGAAGCAAGAGGAAUACGCUGAACACUUGUCAAAGCAGCUGGACGAGAAGCUCGCAAAAGAGACCAAGCAGAAGCAGGACGAGGAUAUUCUGGCUCGCUUGGAGCACGUACAGCUGGCAGAAGAGUUAGCUGCCCAAAGGACAAAAUUUCUGAAGGACAAGGUGGAAGAAAUGCAACGUUAUAAGAGAGCAUUGGAUACACAGAUAAAGUUGAGGCCAGCUCCAAUGCCCCCGUGCGAACCUGAUUCAGCCGGGGUCAUCUUUGGGAAAGACGACAUGAGCCAGGAAAAAAUGGAGGAAAGAAGGAAGCGAGCCCGGGAGUAUUCUGAACAUCAGCUGCAAGCAGCCGCAGACCGAAAGCGGGCAGCAAUCCUCAACCAGCUGGUGGAUCAGAGGAAGGCAGCGGACAUGCUUCAGAGGGCAAGGGAACAGUGGAUUGCGGAAAAAGGAGUGCGGUUUGAGAAGCUCUUCCAGAUGAAUUUAGCUGUGCAGGAGGACUGGAAGAAGAGCAUAGAGAUGAAAAAGCUCCGGGAUUAUGAAGAAAAGCUCUUCAGUCGUGUUGGGGACAAACUCCUGUUACUCGACCAGUGUGCAAAUUAUCGCCGUUGCUACCAGUGCAAGAGGGGUCUGAACAGCUGUGGGGAACCCAGUGUAUGGAUUGAUACUAAAUAUAUUCCCGGAUCUCGGCUAAUGGUUUAAAGCAACAUUACCUCCCAGUUUCUUCCCUUGCCUCCUUUCAUUUUGCAAAGACUUAAAAAAAUUAUUCUAAUGAAUCUUAAUUAAUUAUUUUAAUCUGAUCAUAGUGAUGUGCUUACGAUUCUGUUCUUGCAGAUCUGUGCAAUAUAAUCUAGCAUUUUCUGCUGCUUUCUGGCUUAAGACUUUUUCUCUGCUAUGUUCAGUAGAUUUUUAUGAAUAAUUAUGUUGAAUUAAGAAAUAAAAAAUAAAGAAGUAUUCUGUUAACAAC